AUGACCAAAGAUGCACCAGCAACCCCAGCCGAGUCUUACCUGACUGAGGCUGCCCCGACGAGUCCUUAUUAUGGGAUGCGUGGUCACUACUGGAAGUCAAACAGGGACGUACCGCCCACCAAAUGGCUUAAGGAGAAAAAGAAGCUCUGCGCUUGUGAUGACCACCAGGCAAGCCAAUGGCCGAUGAAUCACGCAGUCAUUACGAUUCCUCCUUGCGCCUACAAGUGUCCCUACUGCCCAAAGUUCGAUAACCUUGAGACUGCCAACCCUCAGGUAGUGAAGCUCCGUGCUCAUAUCAAACGUGACCAUCUGGUGAGACUAUGA